AUGGAAAAUAAAAAAAUAUCGGAAUAUUUCAUUCGGGUCGCAUCACAAGAUUUUGAGGAUUACCCUGAAUGGGAUAUUGCCUCAGAACUUCCAAAAAUUCCAUUGCCGAAUAUCGAAAUCACCAUUUUUAAAUAUUUAAAAGCCUUAAAACCAUUAGUUUCAGUGACAAAGUUUUGUGAAUCAGAAAAAUUUGCUAACAAUUUCCUAAAAGACUCUGAAACCCAGCGUAUCAUUUCAUUUUUAGAAGAAGAUGGACUUGUCCCUGUGGACAGAGCAAAUACACGGCGCAAAGGCCAGCCACUGUGCAUGGAUCAGUAUAAAAGGCUUUUCAAGUCUUUUCGACGACCAAGACCUGAUGUUGACGAAUCACGGAUUUAUUCAAUGACUCAUGGACAUCUGGUCAAUUCUUACGAAAGUGGCUCUACUAGACGGUUCAGGCUUGGAAGAGUUGAAAAUAUUAGAUCUGCAACCAAUUUAGUUUUGGAUUGGAUAAAUAAUAUGAUUGACGGGGAGUCGUUUAUAUGCUACGGACCAGUUACAGCUGACGGCUAUGGUGUAUCAUACAAUCCUCGUAAAUCUCAGAUUUUAUUUUGCAUUUCCAGUUUUAAGCCUCGUUUCUUAAAAUGA